GUAGAUUAGAGAAAGAGGGAGAGACAGAAUCCCAAGCAGGCUCCUUGCUGUUAGUGUGGGGCAUGAUGUGGGCUUCAGUCUCAAGAACCAUGAGAUCAUGGGGGGGGUGGUUCCUGGGUCAUUCACUCAGUUAAGCAUCUGACUUCGGCUCAGGUUAUGAUCUCACGGUUUGUGGGUUCAAGCCCCACGUUAGGUUCUGUGCUGACAGCUCUGAGCCUAGAGCCUGCUUCAGAUUCUGUGUCUGCCUCUCUCUCUGCUGCCCCUUCCCCCUGCCCACUCAUGCUGUGUCUCUCAAAAAUAAAAAUAAACGUUAAAAAAAAAAAAUAGAACCGUGAGAUCAAGACCUGAACUGAAACCAAGAGUCUAUCGCUUAACUGACUGAGCCAACCAGGUGCCCCUGAAGUGUUUCUUUUUUAAUAUCGUUCUUUUUUGUAUUACUAUUUACUUAUUUAAAUGAUCACAGGUAGUAAUAUUUUAACAUCAAAUUAAAGUGAAUUCAGACAUUUCAUAUACUAUUUAAAUGAUUUUUGGUUUUUUUUUUAAGUAGGCUCCACACCCAACGUGGGGCUUGAAUUCAUGACCUCAGGAUCAAGAGUCGCAUCCUUUACCCACUGAUUCAGCCAAGGUGUCCCCUUCAUAUACUAUUUAAUCACUAGUUCAUUUUAAUGAUAAAGCCAUUAGUCUAUUAAUGCUUAGAUAGUGGAUGUGGAUUUUUUUGGAAUAAUCCCUAACCCAUGUCUCCUCUAUCUUAGGCAUCUUUCAACCUCAUGUACGGCACCUGCUGGUUUUGGCAACCCCUGUGGAUAUAGUGAUUCUUGGACUUAGCUAUGCUAAUUUACAAACAGGUUCUGGAGUUCUUAAUGACAGUAUGUGUGGUGGAAUGCAGUUGCUUCCAGAUCCCUUAUAUUCUCUUCCCACUGAUAAUACUUACCUUUUAACAAUAACUUCCACUGAUAAUGGCAGAAUUUUCUUGGCUGGAAAGGACGGCUGUUUAUAUGAAGUAGCAUACCAAGCAGAAGCAGGUUGGUUUAGCCAAAGAUGUAGGAAAAUAAACCACUCAAAGAGUGCACUUUCUUUCCUUGUUCCUUCAUUGCUACAGUUUACAUUCUCAGAAGAUGAUCCUAUUCUUCAAAUUGCAAUUGAUAAUUCUAGGAAUAUUUUAUAUACACGAUCUGAGAAAGGAGUAAUACAGGUUUAUGAUUUGGGCCACGAUGGACAAGGAAUGAGCAGAGUUGCCUCAGUUUCGCAGAAUUCUAUUGUCUCUGCUGCUGGAAACAUUGCUAGGACCAUAGAUCGUUCUGUUUUUAAGCCAAUUGUUCAAAUAGCAGUGAUUGAAAAUUCUGAAUCGCUGGAUUGUCAGUUACUGGCAGUCACACAUGCAGGUGUAAGGUUAUAUUUCAGCACUUGUCCAUUCAGACAGCCAUUAGCACGACCUAACACAUUGACACUGGUUCACGUUCGCUUACCUCCUGGAUUCUCAGCAUCUUCAACAGUGGAAAAACCUUCAAAAGUACAUAAAGCACUUUACAGUAAAGGUAUUCUACUGAUGGCAGCCUCAGAAAAUGAAGAUAAUGACAUUUUGUGGUGUGUUAACCAUGAUACAUUUCCUUUCCAAAAGCCAAUGAUGGAAACCCAGAUGACAACCCGUGUUGAUGGUCAUUCAUGGGCUCUCUCUGCAAUAGAUGAAUUGAAAGUAGAUAAAAUUAUUACACCCUUAAAUAAGGAUCAUAUUCCCAUAACUGACUCACCAGUUGUGGUACAGCAGCACAUGUUGCCUCCAAAGAAAUUUGUUCUCCUCUCAGCACAGGGGAGUCUUAUGUUUCAUAAACUUAGACCUGUAGAUCAACUGAGGCAUCUACUUGUGAGUAAUGUGGGUGGAGAUGGAGAAGAAAUUGAAAGGUUCUUUAAAUUACAUCAGGAAGACCAGGCUUGUGCAACUUGCCUUAUCCUUGCUUGUUCCACUGCUGCUUGUGACAGAGAAGUAUCUGCAUGGGCUACUCGGGCUUUCUUCAGGUAUGGUGGUGAAGCACAGAUGAGAUUUCCAACCACUCUCCCUGCUCCAAGUAACGUGGGUCCCAUCUUAGGGUCUCCUGUCUAUGCUAGUUCUCCUAUUCCUAGUACUAGUUCAUACCCAAAUCCAACAUUUCUGGGAACACCAUCUCAAGGUAUACACCCUCCUGCCAUGUCAACACCAGUGUGUGCUUCAGGAAAUCCAGCAACUCAGGCCGCAAGUAUGACUUGUAUGGCUGCACCAGAGAUCGUGUACUCUGGAAAACACAAUGGUAUUUGCAUCUACUUUUCUCGAAUCAUGGGAAAUAUCUGGGAUGCUAGUUUAGUUGUGGAGAGAGUAUUCAAGAGUGGCAGCAGAGAGAUCACCGCAAUUGAAAGUAGCGUUCCCUCCCAGCUGCUGGAGUCAGUGCUACAAGAACUAAAAGGUUUGCAAGAAUUUCUAGACAGAAACUCCCAAUUUGCAGGAGGACCAUUAGGAAAUCCAAAUACAACUGCCAAAGUGCAGCAGAGGCUGAUAGGAUUCAUGCGUCCUGAAAAUGGAAAUACCCAGCAAAUGCAGCAGGAGCUGCAGAGGAAGUUUCAUGAGGCUCAGCUGAGUGAAAAGGUUUCACUUCAGGCAAUCCAGCAGUUGGUUCGAAAAUCAUACCAGGCUCUGGCUUUAUGGAAACUUCUUUGUGAACAUCAGUUCACUGUCAUUGUAGGAGAACUUCAGAAGGAAUUUCAGGAGCAGCUGAAAAUCACCACAUUUAAAGAUCUGGUCAUCAGGGACAAGGAACUGACUGGGGCAUUAAUUGCUUCUCUUAUCAACUGCUACAUCAGAGAUAAUGCUGCUGUUGAUGGCAUUAGUUUACACUUACAGGACAUCUGCCCCCUUCUGUAUAGCACUGAUGAUGCAGUUUGCUCUAAGGCAAAUGAACUUCUGCAGCGUUCCCGACAAGUUCAAAAUAAGAUUGAAAAGGAAAGAAUGUUAAGGGAAUCCUUAAAGGAAUAUCAAAAAAUCAGCAAUCAAGUGGACCUUUCCAAUGUUUGUGCUCAGUAUAGACAAGUCCGUUUUUAUGAGGGUGUGGUGGAGCUCUCUCUUACUGCUGCAGAAAAAAAAGAUCCUCAGGGUCUUGGACUUCAUUUCUAUAAACAUGGAGAACCAGAAGAAGACCUUGUGGGCCUGCAGGCUUUCCAAGAAAGAUUAAACAGUUACAAGUGUAUUACAGACACGCUUCAAGAACUGGUAAAUCAAAGUAAGGCUGCUCCUCAGUCUCCCAGUGUACCCAAAAAACCUGGGCCUCCAGUACUGUCAUCUGACCCCAAUAUGCUGAGUAAUGAAGAAGCAGGACAUCAUUUUGAACAAAUGCUUAAACUGUCUCAACGAUCCAAAGAUGAGCUCUUUAGUAUCGCCCUUUAUAAUUGGCUAAUACAAGCUGAUCUUGCAGAUAAGCUAUUGCAGAUUGCUUCUCCAUUUCUGGAGCCACAUCUAGUCCGAAUGGCCAAAGUUGAUCAAAACAAAGUUCGUUAUAUGGAUUUACUGUGGAGAUAUUAUGAAAAGAACAGAAGCUUUAGUAAUGCUGCUCGUGUACUGUCCAAAUUGGCUGACAUGCAUAGCACAGAAAUUUCACUUCAGCAGCGACUAGAGUACAUUGCUCGAGCCAUUCUUAGUGCCAAAAGUUCCACUGCCAUUUCAUCAAUAGCCGCAGAUGGUGAAUUCCUUCAUGAAUUAGAAGAAAAAAUGGAAGUUGCUAGGAUCCAACUUCAGAUACAAGAGACACUACAAAGGCAAUAUUCCCAUCAUUCUUCUGUACAGGAUGCAAUUUCUCAGCUGGAUUCCGAACUAAUGGACAUAACUAAGCUUUAUGGGGAAUUUGCUGACCCGUUUAAACUUGCAGAGUGUAAGCUUGCAAUAAUUCAUUGUGCUGGUUAUUCAGACCCUAUAUUGGUGCAGACACUUUGGCAAGAUAUCAUAGAGAAAGAAUUGAAUGAAAGUGUGACGUUGAGCUCCCCAGAUAGAAUGCAUGCUCUUAGUCUCAAGGUUGUGCUCCUUGGCAAAAUUUAUGCUGGCACACCUCGCUUCUUUCCUUUAGAUUUUAUUGUGCAGUUUUUAGAACAGCAAGUUUGUACUUUGAACUGGGAUGUAGGUUUUGUAAUACAGACAAUGAAUGAAAUUGGAGUGCCAUUACCUAGGCUACUGGAAGUAUAUGAUCAUUUGUUCAAGUCACGGGAUCCAUUCUGGAACAGAAUGAAGAAGCCACUGCACCUUUUGGAUUGCAUACAUGUGCUAUUGGCAAGAUAUGUUGAGAAUCCUAGCCAAGUUUUAAAUUGUGAGAGGAGAAGAUUUACAAAUCUGUCCCUGGAUGCUAUCUGUGGUUAUCUGGUUGAGCUUCAGUCUAUGAGCUCGUCAGUAGCAGUACAAACCAUCACAGGAAAUUUUAAAUCUCUUCAGGCUAAACUCGAACGGCUUCAUUAAUAUUAUAAUGUAUUUUCAUCUAUGUAUUUUGAUCUGUAAAAUAAAAGCUCAGCUGUCCAGAUAUCAGGUGCUGUAAAUCUAAGAACAACUUUAAUAGAAAUGUGGUUUUAAAAGUGGCUACUAUCUACAAACAGUACAUUUGCCAGAUGAAUUAUUUUUUACUAUUUUGUUUUUUAAUCAGGUUAAGAAACACCUGAACUAAGAUUACCUAUGAUCUUAACACAAGAAUAAAAAAUAUUUAGAAACUCUUAUUUUUAAUUUAAUGCAGGCAGAAAUUUUGAACUUAUGCUAUUCAUUUUCAAGUUAGUCCAAGGAUAUGGAUACUAAAACUUAAAUAGGCUAGCUGAGCAGGUCCCAUAAUACUGGAUUCUACAACAAUCCUUUUUUUUUUUUUUUUUUUUAUGUUUAUUUAUUUUUGAGAGGGAGAAAGACAGAACAUGAGCAGAGGAGGGGCAAAGAGAGAAGGAGACACAGAAUCCAAAGCAGGCUCCAGGCUCCAGGCUCCGAGCUGUCAGCACAGAGCCCAACGCAGGGCUCAAAUUCACAAACCACAAGAUCAUGACCUGAGCUGAAGUCGGACGCUUAACCGACUGAGCCACUCAGGCGCCCCUACAACAAUCCUAAUACAGGCAAAUAAACACUGUCUCUUUUUAAAAAUUAUUUAGAUUUUGGGUUCAUCUUUGGAAAGGAAAUUUCUUUCCAGCUACUUUCUUUCCAGCUACUAAUUUUGCCACAAUUCCUAAAGAUUAAUACAUACCUGGCUGUUUCUUGAGCAGGUGGCAAAUGUGUAACAAAUGUUCUAUGUCCUAAAAACCUACACAGAGAGAUACUGUUUUCCUUUAGUGUCUACCUACCAGUCCUUGAGACUGAUUACUGACUCCAUUAAAGCAGUGGUUCUCAAAGUACGCACCAAAUGGCCACAUAAACAUCAUCUGGGAAUUUGCUCCCUGUUUGAUUCCCCCUCCUCCCUCCCCAGUCAAUAACCAUAAUAAAUGAGUUUUACCCAAGAUAUGAUAUAUAAAGCAAAAUCGUUAGGAAUGUAGUUUUUAGCCUUCAACAAAUUGGAAUAAACUUAACCAAGUUCCCCAAAGUCAUGGCAACAAGGGAGGAGAAUAGAGUGGGAAUGACCAGGACUAACAAAAAGCAGGAACAUGGACUUCUUUCCUUUCACCUUUUAUGCUAUCAAGAGUAAUCACCUUCUGCUUAUUGUCACUAAAACAUGUCUAACAAUUUUUACAGUACAUUUUGAAAAUAUUUUUCUUUCUUAUACUUUCCCAAGAUCAUGGGUUGACCUUUUCAUAUUCUCCUAGAAUGUAGUUCCCUUUUUCCCAUAAUCUUCUAAUUCAUAAUAUUUAAUAGACUGUCAAAAUGUCAUACAUAGGUACCACUAACUCUCAUAAUUUUCAGCUUUCAGUUCCUUUAGUUUUUUUAAUAUGUAAAAUUUAAGUUAUACACUGUUAAUUUUCUAAGCUUAAAAUUCUGUGAUGUCUACUUAAAAUGAAAGUCUUGCUUAAAUGUUAUUUAGCCAUGACUCCAGUCCUGGGAAAAAAAAUGUAUACACACACACGUAUAUAUAAUUAGACCAUUUACACACAAACACAUUAAUAUCCAUGUUAAAUAUACUCAACUCACAAUAUUAAAGCUAUAUCUUUCAAAAGGAAAGCUAACAGGGCUAAAUGGUCCUUAGGAGUCAGAAAUCUUAACCCUGUUCCUUUCAUCACAGAACAUCUUCUGAGGUUUAUAAAACUUCCAGCUACUCAGCAGAUGUUUUCCAUAUCCUUGGGAGAGUGAGACCCCUAAGAGACAUUAGGUCCUCUCCUUUUUAACUGUCUAGAACAGUGUUUCUAAAACUUUUAAUUCAUAAGAACCACCUGGUGUCCUCAAAAAAAUAAAUGUUCCACCUGUAAUGUGAUGCUGAUACUGGUGGUCAUUGGAUCAAACUUGGAAUAGCAUUGUUCUAGCACAUUUAUCUACUGUAUUAGUGUAUUUUGUACUUGGUAUGUAUUCAACACAUUUCUUUAUAAUGACUAUUAAACAUAUAGACAAUGAAUAAUAACAUUGUUUAUGCAACAGUGCAUUCAUUGUAGGCAGUGAGGAGUCACUGAAGAUCUUGAUUGUGACAUAUUUGUUUUAGGUAGAUCAUUUUCAUGUGGCAAAAUGGUCAGGAAAGAAGAGAAAAAUCUAUUUUGAGUAACUGCAAGAUAUGGGAUAUUGACCCUGAAAUGCAUGUGAUGUAUGUCCAACAUUUCUUUAGUUAUAACAUAUGUGACUUUCUAGUGACUUGUUCAUUGAACACACUUCUCUACACAUCACAUGCAUUUCCUCCACAUUUAUGUUUUAUAGUUCAUUUCAUCUCAGGAUCACAGAUUGCUCAUUCUCUUCCUCAGGAUACUUCCCGCCCUCUUUUCCUCUUUUUCAUGAGAGGAAAAAUUAUGAAAGUGAUAUAGUUGUAUCAAGAAAAUGAAAAACUGGAAUAUUAAAUGUAAAGGUCUUGAAAGGGCACAUAAUUUUCUUUCAUUUUUCUAUCAGUUUUUUCAUUUAAAUUCUCUUAAUAAUAAAACAUUUUUUCCAGAAUA